GGGGUUGGGGCUGAAUAGGCUAAUUUCUAAUUGGACAAAAAGAACAAUAAACCUCAAUCGCAAUUCAGACAUACAGAGAAAGGAGUUAAACCAUGAUUGGAAGAUGCGUAUCAGCUCAAUCGUCAAAGCCAAACGAGCUAAAAUUUCAAACUUUGAAUGGAAUUCAAGAGCUAGCUGAAACUCGCCGAUUCAAGGCAUGGUUUCUGGAUCAGUUUGGAGUGCUUCAUGAUGGGAAACAACCUUAUCCUGGUGCCAUUUCGACAUUGGAAAAGUUGGCAACUUAUGGUGCAAAGAUGGUAAUCAUUAGUAAUUCUUCAAGAAGAGCAUCUACAACCCUGGAAAAAUUGAGGAGCCUUGGAUUUGAUCCGUCACUCUUUAUUGGUGCCAUUACCAGUGGGGAAUUAACACAUCAGUAUCUCCAAAGGAGAGAUGACGCUUGGUUUGCCUCCUUGGGAAGAUCAUGUAUUCACAUGACUUGGAGUGACAGGGGUGCUAUAUCUCUUGAGGGCCUCGGACUAGAAGUUGUGGAAAAUGCUCAGGAAGCCGAUUUUAUUUUGGCUCAUGGAACUGAAGCCUUGGGGCUUUCUUCUGGAGCCGCACUUCCCAUGAAACUUGAUGAUCUUGAGAAAAUACUGGAGCAGUGUGCUGCUAAAAAAAUUCCCAUGGUGGUAGCAAAUCCUGAUUUUGUAACUGUUGAGGUUAGGGCUCUGCGUGUUAUGCCCGGAACAUUGGCAGCCACAUAUGAAAAACUUGGCGGUCAAGUAAAAUGGAUGGGUAAACCUGAUAAGAUAAUAUACAAGUCUGCUAUGGAAAUGACUGAUGUGGAUGUCUCUGAUUGUGUUGCCGUAGGAGACUCCCUACACCAUGAUAUCAAAGGUGCAAAUGCAGCUGGAAUUGCAUCCGCUUUUAUUACAUGUGGAAUCCAUGCUACUGAACUUGGACUUAGCAAAUUUGGAGAAGUCGCAGAUGAUAAUUCUGUACAUGCUCUUGCCUUGCAAAACAGCGCACAUCCUACAUAUGUUCUCCCUUCAUUUACGUGGUGAAGAAUGUGCUAUUUAGGCUUGGCUAGAAUUUGUCCCUCUUCAGUCUAUUGCAUUGAUGUAUCCAAGUACCUAAUAGUGCUACUCACUUUGUACCUCUUUUGAUUCUUUUGGAUGAAAUGGUUUUUCCGUUAACCAUCUAUAUUAUCUAAGGGGAGUCUUG